GGAAAUCCAAGCAGCCUCCGUCGCGGAUCGGAAAUCCAAGCAGCCUUCUUCAUCACUUAUCGUUUUCGUGCGUUCCUGCCGCAGGUGUUUUCUUCCCUUCGCCAAAAUUAAACGAUGGCUGUGCGAUUCUUCCCGUACGGUCGAAGAGGUUUAUGGACAUUCAAGACACCUUUGAAUUAUGUGAAAAGGAAGUGGAAACCCAAGACCACCUCGUUUGGGACUGCAGUGCUGCCAAGGAAAUUAGAGAAGAGGUUCUCAACUGGAUGGAGAUUGCUACUGUGGCAAAACAGAAAAGAUUGGGAGCUAGAAAUCUUGAGUCUGAGACAAAAAAAAAAGAGAAGGUAGGCACAAUGAACAUGGAACCUAUCCCGGAGGGAAACGAGAGUUCUCUGCCAUUUUUUUCGAAGCCUAGCUGUUGGGAAGUGUCCAAAACAGAGGACAAUAGGACCAUUUAUCUUUCCAGUGGUAGCAAUAAAAGAGGUAAAUUUGUGGAAAUCCAAGAGAUUAGAAGAGAGGGCAGUACUUUCCUAGCUAUCCUUUUUGAUUCAUUCGCUGAUGGCCCAAAUCUCUUCACCAAGGCUCUCUCCUUAUUCACCAAGGGAGCUACCAACCUUGAGGAAAGCUCAAAGGUGUGUGUGUCUGUGGAACCCCAGGAACCUCUGCGCCAUUCUCCCACUGGAAGUGCAGCUUCAUCGCUGCCUACAACAGGACAGGAUGUAAAUACUCAGCGAAGUGGAGAUGUCACAAGUUCAGAAGGCUUUGUUGGAGAUCCCACCUCUGCGGUAACUAACAAGCAACUAGUUAUUUUCCAGACAGAAGCAGCUCCUAAUUACAGCCUUUCCACCAGCCAAAUCGAAGAGUUUUCACCUCUACCAUGGAAAAUCCUUAGUCCUUUUGCUCCCACCUUUGUGCCCGCUGUAUACUCCUACGCUGAUAUUUUCACUAAGGAUCAAGGAUUCAAAGCUACUGCUGAGCCGGAAGAAGAUCCCUUUACAAAUCUCAAUGGCCAGAGCUUGGUUCUAUCCCUCAACGCAGUGGAAGAUCACACUAAGGACAAGGAAGGACCCAUUCUCUAUACCCACUCCGAUGGGAAGGAUUUUGUUUUCAUAGACACAAAGCUCAAAACUUUUCAAAUCGACUUCUCAAGAUGCUCCAAACACCCCCUCCAUCUCCGUAAGGAACUAAAGGGAAGAAGGACGUACUCACCGUCACAAAUUGUUAUGAGGAGUAAGGCUAAAAUCCUUGAGCAAGGACGAAAAUUUAAUCCUAUCGGCUGGGUCGAAGAAGAAGACUUGUUAGAUCCCCAAGAAUCACAUGAGGACGAGGUUAUCAAAUUCUUCAAACUUUGUUGUCCUAACAAGAUAGAAGAUCCUAAACCCCUCAGCAAACCUCUAACCAAAACUCAAAAAAAGAAAAUGAAGAAGAAAAAGAAGCAGUCUCAAUUUUCUGACUAUAGUUUCGAUGAAGAGAUAGAAUAUGCUUAUUGAUUGACCUGCAAUAAUUUUUAUUUCUCAAACCCCUCUCUUAAAUUAUCUACCUAUUGUUUGUUACUGCAUAUUGGUUUCCAAGCCUAUGUUUUGGAGUUGCAGCUCAAUCCGUUUUAGAGCACUGGUUUUUCAUCUCUUCACAAAUGCCAUUACCUAAGGGUAAUUUCACAGCUGCGUUGGGAUGCUCCUCCUAGGUAGUAGGUACAAGCUGUUCUUUGGGGAGAUUCCCUCUCAGACCAAUGUUUCUGUGGUAUGCACUGAUAUCUU